AUGGCAUCGGCAACAAGGACGACGGCGUUGAGCUUGGAUGAGAAUCACCACGAUGAUGUUAUAUGUCUAGGCUCGAGGCCCAGUGUGGAGCACAUCACCAUCUACCACAAACGCAUUACCAAAAGCCGCGGCAUCCGCAACGACGAGGACACUACCACUGGGCCACGACUCCGGCAACGACGUGAUCUUCCUAUAUACAAGACCAGCAGCAGCUCGGCCCGAACUGCACCAACGUCCCCGACUGCGGCCGCACGACAGAAAGCGAUCCUCACGACAACCGCCUAA